UUUCACCUCAUCAUGUGACUCUGUCGUAAACAGGAAGCAGCUGAUCUUGACUCUGCCUGCUUCUACCAAGUAAUGUAUACAACUGUUUUCUCAAAAACAAAUCAAAACUGUGGUCUAACACUGGUUGAAUUUAAGUAACCGUGCCACCCUGUCGCGCUGAAGGAGAGGAAGAGGAGAGCUGCCCUGGACUCACACUCAAGUCAUCUGACUCGCAGCUCAGAUAAAAUACUCGUGUCUGCCGAGGGGGAUGUCAAGCACAGCAAUGAAGAAAAAGGUGUUACUGAUGGGUAAAAGUGGGUCUGGAAAGACCAGUAUGAGAUCAAUCAUCUUUGCCAAUUACAUAGCCCGAGACACACGCCGCCUCGGAGCUACAAUUGACGUGGAGCACUCCCAUGUACGGUUUCUGGGCAAUCUGGUUCUAAACCUGUGGGACUGUGGAGGACAGGACACGUUCAUGGAGAACUACUUCACCAGCCAGAGGGACAACAUUUUCAGAAAUGUAGAGGUGCUUAUUUAUGUUUUUGAUGUCGAGAGCCGCGAGCUGGAGAAAGACAUGCACUACUACCAGUCGUGUCUGGAGGCCAUCCUGCAGAACUCCCCCGAUGCUAAAGUGUUCUGUCUCGUUCACAAAAUGGAUCUGGUGCAGGAAGACCAGAGAGAUUUGAUCUUUAAGGAGCGUGAAGAGGAUCUGAAGAGACUGUCCAGACCUCUGGCCUGCACGUGCUUCAGGACGUCAAUCUGGGAUGAAACCUUGUAUAAGGCCUGGUCUAGCAUAGUGUACCAGCUCAUCCCAAACGUCCAGCAGCUGGAGACGAACCUGAGAAAUUUCGCCCAGAUCAUAGAGGCAGAUGAAGUUCUCCUGUUCGAGAGAGCCACCUUCCUGGUGAUCUCCCAUUAUCAGUGCAAAGAGCAGCGUGACGCUCACAGGUUUGAGAAGAUCAGUAACAUUAUCAAACAGUUCAAACUCAGCUGUAGUAAACUUGCGGCCUCUUUCCAAAGCAUGGAAGUGAGGAACUCCAACUUUGCGGCCUUCAUCGAUGUCUUCACCUCCAACACAUAUGUCAUGGUCAUCAUGUCAGACCCCUCCAUUCCAUCUGCAGCCACUCUCAUCAAUAUCCGUAAUGCUAGGAAACACUUUGAGAAGUUGGAGCGGGUGGAUGGACCCAAGCACAGCCUGCACAUGCGAAUGCGCUAGCUGGAGCGUUUUUGUCCCGGUGGAUACUCUCAGCCAAUCAGUCCACAGACCGCAGACGACGUCUCGCGAUCCUCCAGCUCUGCCACAUAUGAGCAGCCCUGCACUGUUUCCUCUAUAUCUCCACAGUCAAUCACAGUUAUUACGGGAGAAAUCAUAUUUUCUUUUCCUCUACAGUGAUCAUAAGUGAACAGCGCUUUACACUCUGUUGAAAUAUUUGCCCUAACUCGACGCAUUGAAGUAAGAUGAAUAGUUGUGUUUACUCAGAAGGGGGAGUGGGGGGGCUACCUUUGCUGUCACACUUUGUCUUAUAUAGUAGAUUCAUUUACUCUAUGCAGAGAAUCCCAGUGAUCGGGGGAAUGAUGAUGAGCAGCAGCUACUGUUUGAUUUUCAAAUGCAGUUUGUAAGCUGUUACACUUUGAAAGUACGAACAAUAUAGUUAUAUUCUGAAAAAUA